UUCCCAUUUGAAAGCGGUGCUCUGGAGAUCUUCGGUUAAUAGAAAUUUAAGUCCGCUCAAAUUAGAGCCGUGCCACUUCAGCUGAUGUCGCCGAGCGAAAUCGACACACAAAUCAAAGCUAAAUAGCGUCGGUGAGGCUCUCCAGAAGACUCUUCUUCCCUGCUAUUUUAAUUAAUCACGAACCAUCAUGAGUGCGUACAAAGGCUUUUCUACCAGAGCUAUUCACGCUGGUCAAGAUCCGAAACAAUGGAGUCAUUGCUCAUUGGUACCUCCUCUUGUAAUGUCCACCACCUUUAAACAGGAUAGUCCCGAUCAGAAUAGUGGCUACGAGUACGGUAGAACUGGCAAUCCUACGCGUGACGUGUUAGAAACAUGCCUAGCUGCUCUGGAAGGUGGCAAACAUGCGGUCACUUAUUCCUCUGGUUUAGGAGCGGUGACAGCAUUGACAAGUUUAAUGAAUUCAGGGGACCACCUCAUCUUUGGACAUGAGCUUUACGGUGGAACCAACCGUUAUUUGCAAGAUUGCUUACCAAAACAAAACAAUAUAGACGUUACGUCUGUAGAUAUGACCAAUCCACAAAAUGUUAUCGACGCUCUGAAACCAAAUACUAAGAUGAUAUGGUUUGAAUCGCCUACGAAUCCCGCGCUGAAAGUCGUAGAUAUCAAGGCCAUCGUUGACGGUGUAAAAUCUCGUCGAUCAGACGUUAUAAUAAUUAUCGACAAUACAUUUUUGACGUGUUACUAUCAAAAACCACUGGAUCUCGGAGUUGACAUAGUUAUGUAUUCCUUGUCAAAAUACAUGAACGGUUAUUCGGACAUAAUAAUGGGCGCCGGGAUUACACGGCGGGACGAUCUCGGGGAAAGAAUGCGAUACUUGCAAAAUGCAAUGGGAAUAGUGCCGUCCCCCUACGACUGCAGUAUGGUGAAUCGAGGCUUAAAAACGCUCGAGAUCAGAAUGAAGGAGCACAUGAGGAACGGCCUUACCGUGGCGAAAUUUCUGCAGGCCCAUCCUAAAGUGGAGAAAGUGCUCCAUCCGUAUCUUCCGUCGCAUCCGCAACACGAAGUCGCGCUUAAACAAUCGACCGGUCACAGCGGAAUGGUUUCUUUCUAUCUGAAGGGCGAUCCUACGAAGUUCGUGAAUGCACUGAAGAUCUUCACUCUAGCCGGGUCACUGGGCGGUCCUCAGUCAUUAGUUGAAAUACCUUUCAACUUGUCGCACGGCUCCAUACCUCUGAAAACGCGAUACGCAUUAGGUAUCACCGAGAAGUUGAUUCGAGUAUCCGUCGGCCUCGAAAUGGAGCAGGAUCUCAUAGCCGACCUCCAGCAAGCACUGAAUGUUUGUUAA